CCGCCCGCCCGCCCGUCCGCCCGCCCGCUCGCCCGCGCCCAGGGGUCCCCCCGAAGCGAGGGGCCCGGCCGGCCGCUGAGGCUCAUCUUUGCGGUUUCCAGUUGCCAUGAGGAAGCCUCGACGAAAGUCACGGCAGAGUGCCGAGGGCCGGAGGUCCCCACCCCCAUACAGUGUUAAGUGUUCACCCGCACGAGAGACCCUGACUUAUGCCCAAGCCCAGAGGAUUGUCGAAGUGGACAUCGACGGCCGCCUCCAUCGGAUCAGCAUUUAUGACCCUCUCAAGAUCAUCACCGAAGAUGAGCUCACUGCUCAGGACAUCACCGAAUGCAACAGCAACAAGGAGAAUAGUGAGCAGCCUCAGUUCCCUGCCAAGUCCAAGAAAUCCUCAUCUAAAGGCAAGAAGAAAGAGUCCUGUUCCAAGCAUGCAUCUGGCACCUCCUUCCACCUCCCACAGCCCAGCUUCCGUGUGGUGGAUACAGGUAGCCAGCCGGAAGCACCCCCAUUGCCUGCUGCUUAUUACCGCUACAUCGAGAAGCCUCCAGAAGACCUGGAUGCGGAGGUAGAGUACGACAUGGACGAGGAGGACCUUGCCUGGCUAGACAUGGUGAACGAGAAGCGUCGAGCAGACGGGCACAGUUCGGUGUCGGCGGAUACCUUCGAGCUGCUGGUGGACCGGCUUGAGAAGGAGUCAUACUUGGAAAGUCGCAGCAGUGGGGUCCAGCAAUCGCUCAUUGAUGAAGACGCCUUCUGCUGCGUGUGCCUGGAUGACGAGUGCCACAAUAGCAAUGUCAUCCUGUUCUGUGACAUCUGCAACCUAGCUGUGCACCAGGAGUGCUACGGUGUCCCCUACAUCCCGGAGGGACAGUGGUUAUGCCGCUGCUGCCUGCAGUCUCCCUCUCGGCCGGUGGAUUGUGUCCUUUGCCCCAAUAAAGGUGGAGCCUUCAAACAGACCAGCGACGGCCACUGGGCCCAUGUGGUCUGUGCCAUCUGGAUCCCUGAAGUCUGCUUUGCUAAUACCGUGUUCCUGGAGCCUAUUGAAGGCAUUGACAACAUCCCGCCUGCCCGCUGGAAGCUAACCUGUUACAUCUGCAAGCAGAAAGGGCUGGGUGCAGCUAUCCAGUGCCACAAGGUGAACUGCUACACCGCCUUCCAUGUGACAUGCGCACAGCGGGCUGGACUCUUCAUGAAGAUUGAGCCCAUGAGGGAAACGAGCCUCCACGGCACCAUCUUUACCGUCCGAAAGACUGCCUACUGUGAGGCCCACUCCCCGAGUGUUGCCCCUGCCCGGAGAAAGGGUGACUCACCCAAAAGCCUCACCGAGGCGGGGGAUGAGGAUGGGCUGAAAGAGGGUGGUGGGGAGGAGGAAGAGGAACCAGCAGAGGAGGAAGAUCAGGAAGGCCAAGGUGGGGUGGGCAACCCCCCCAAGGGGGUGUCCAAGAAGAACAAGAUGAGCUUAAAGCAGAAGAUCAAGAAGGAGCCAGAGGAAGCUGGCCGAGAGACACCCUCCACCCCCAUCCCCAUGGUCACUGUCCCACAGAUACCCUCUUACAGGUUGAACAAGAUCUGUAGUGGUCUGUCCUUUCAGAGGAAAACCCAGUUCAUGCAGAGGCUUCACAACUACUGGCUGCUGAAGCGGCAGGCUCGGAACGGCGUCCCCCUCAUCAGGCGUCUGCACUCCCACUUACAGUCCCAGAGGAACGCUGAGCAGCGGGAACAGGAUGAGAAGACAAGUGCGGUGAAGGAGGAGCUGAAGUACUGGCAGAAACUCCGCCACGACCUGGAGCGGGCGCGGCUGCUGAUCGAGCUCAUCCGCAAAAGGGAGAAGCUCAAGCGAGAGCAGGUCAGGGUGCAGCAGGCGGCCAUGGAGCUGGAGCUGAUGCCCUUCACGGUUCUGCUGAGGACAACCCUGGACCUGCUGCAGGAGAAGGACCCUGCACACAUCUUUGCUGAGCCUGUCAGCCUGAGUGAGGUUCCAGAUUACCUGGAAUUCAUAUCCAAGCCAAUGGAUUUUUCUACUAUGAGGCGGAAGCUGGAAUCUCACCUGUACCACACCUUGGAGGAGUUUGAGGAGGACUUUAACCUUAUAGUUGCCAACUGCAUGAAGUAUAAUGCUAAAGACACAAUUUUCCACCGAGCAGCUGUCCGCCUGCGGGACCUGGGAGGGGCCAUCCUGCGGCAUGCUCGUCGGCAGGCAGAGAGCAUCGGCUAUGAUCCCGAGAGGGGUACCCACUUGCCCGAGUCACCCAAAUUGGAAGACUUUUACCGAUUCUCCUGGGAGGAUGUGGACAACAUCCUCAUCCCAGAGAACCGGGCCCAUCUCUCCCCAGAGGUGCAGCUGAAGGAGCUGCUGGAGAAACUAGACCUGGUGAGCGCUAUGCGGUCCAGCGGGGCCCGCACCCGUCGUGUCCGCAUGCUUCGCAGGGAGAUCAAUGCCCUUCGGCAAAAACUAGCACAGCCAGCGCCACCACAGCUACUGUCAGCGAACAAGACAGGGUCCAGUGGGGAGCUGGCAGCAGGACCUCAGGGCGACACAGCUGUGCUGGAGCAGGCCCUGCAGGAAGAGCCGGAAGAUGAUGGGGACAGAGAUGAUUCCAAAUUGCCUGCCCCACCAACCCUGGAGCCUACCGGGCCUGCACCAUCCUUGUCUGAACAGGAGUCCCCUCCAGAUCCCCCCACCCUGAAACCCAUCAGUGAUAGUAAGCCUUCAAGCCGGUCCCUAAAGUCCCGGAAGGUGGAAGAGGAGGAGCUCUUGGAGAAAUCAGCUCUGCAGCUGGGGAGUGAGCCCUUGGAAUGUUUGCUCAGUGACAAUGGCAUUGAUAGACUGUCUCUCAUAAACCCUGACAGCCCUCCUGGUACCCCUCUCGGCGGGGUGGGCCGCCGUACAUCAGUUCUCUUCAAGAAGGCCAAGAAUGGGGUUCAGCUGCCGAGGAGUCCAGACGGCACCCUGGAGAAUGGCGAGGACAAUGGUACCGUGGGUUCUCCUGCUUCUCCAGCCAGCACGGAAGAUGAGCACUGUUCCAGGAAGCGGCCAAGGAGCGGGAGCUGCAGUGAUAGUGAAGGGGAGAGGUCCCCUCAGCAGGAGGAAGAGACAGGCGUGACUAACGGCUUCGGAAAACACACCGAAAGCGGGUCUGACUCGGAAUGUAGUUUGGGUCUCAGUGGAGGACUGGCGUUUGAAGCUGACAGUGGCCUGACACCGCCCAAACGCAGCCGCGGGAAGCCUGCCCUGUCUCGAGUGCCCUUCCUGGAAGGUGUGAACGGAGACUCCGACCACAGUGGCUCAGGCAGAAGCCUCCUGAUGCCCUUUGAAGACCGCGGAGACCUGGAGCCCCUGGAGCUGGUGUGGGCCAAGUGCCGAGGCUACCCCUCCUACCCUGCCUUGAUCAUCGAUCCCAAGAUGCCCCGGGAGGGCCUCCUGCACAAUGGUGUCCCCAUCCCUGUUCCUCCACUGGACGUGCUGAAGCUGGGCGAGCAGAAGCAGGCCGAGGCUGGAGAGAAGCUCUUCCUUGUCCUCUUCUUUGACAACAAGCGCACCUGGCAGUGGCUUCCAAGGGACAAAGUCCUGCCUCUGGGUGUGGAGGACACCGUGGACAAACUCAAGAUGUUGGAAGGCCGCAAGACCAGCAUCCGAAAGUCCGUACAGGUGGCCUACGACCGUGCGAUGAUCCACCUGAGCCGCGUGCGGGGACCCCACUCCUUCGUCACCUCCACCUACCUGUAAGCGUGGGACUGGGCCUGCGUCUGCCUGCUUCGCCUCUCCUCUGUCCCUGAGGCACAAGAAGCCUCUUCUGCCCCUGCCAAGUGUCUGGCUGGCAGCUUCUUUCUCAUGGCAGGCCCUGACUGGACUGGGUCUCCAAGGGCAAGGCCCAGUAUUGACCAAUCAUGUGGUUCCCCUGGAGGGCCGCUGUGUGCCAAAAACUCCCACCCGAGGUCCCUGGGGAUGUUCCACUGAAGAACCACUUAGAAGUAGAAACAGCUGAGAGUCUGGGCCGGCCAGGAAGGUGGACCUGGCCCACGGGGCAAGAGGUCCUAGGCUGCUUUUCUGGGGCCAACUGCUCCCUCCAUGCCUCUCCCAGCUAACAUACCUCAGGGCAGGCAAGGUUCUGAUACUGAUCCCAGAGAUGUGCCAGGGUCCCUCGGGAACCCACUGAGCUCCCUCCCCUCCCCCCACACACCCCCCCUCCCCUCCUAGUCUCAUCUUCCAUACCCAGCCCAGGCUCUUCUCCCCCUCAUCGCUCUCCUUUCUCCCUCGUGCCAAACUGACAGCAACGUCACCAAAUGGAUCUUUCUCUUUGAUGCCCAUUUCCUUCCUGGCCAGCUGCUGUGUUAGACAGGUGCCCGGCAGGCACCCGAGCCACAGGUAGAAGCGAUCCACCUGUACCGACCUCUCCCUCACCGCUGACACGCCCAGCCCAGCUGCAUGCGCGUGCCCUGUGGAUGGCGUGGGUCCUGCCCCCCCCAGGGAGGGCCCGGCCGUGCACGAGCUCAGUGGGUGUUGAGAUGGCUCAUGUCUUCCAGCUGGCAUGUGCUGCCUGUCCCCCCCCCUUCUGCUUGGCUUCUCUCUUCCUGCGGCAGACUUACGCCCUACUGUGUCACACGUCACCACAGGGGGCAUGGGCUGCCCUCCAGCACCCUCCCCUGGCUCUGCUGCUCCUGCUUCCCAGGGCUGGGAACACAACCUUUUCUUUCAGACCCUGUCUUCAACUCCUCCCCUCCCUCCCUCCUCCACCUCCUCCCUCACCUCCAAAAGGAAGGGAAAACUGUGAAUGAGGAACGCUGACUGACAAACCAACGCAACUUUCAGAGGCCUCUGCUCUGGAUGUUUCUUUUCACCUCUUAAGCACCAAAGCCGCGGGCGGGUUUGCGGACCGCUGAUUGCCAUUUUGACUUCUACCUUGAUGUUAUUUUUAAUUGUUUUAAAUUUUUCAUAGGGGAGUUUUGAGCAAAACAAAGUCCAUGGGGAGAUCACUGCCAUUUUUACAUACUCAGACUUUUUAAAAUACAGCCAACCACCCACCAACUUCUUACACAUUUGGGACAUGAGCCAGAGUUUAAAAGGGAAUCAACAAAACUCACAGAGAGGGCGGGAUUCUGUCCAGUAAACAGUGCAGCAGCAGCUAGGACGGGACGUGGUGUAUAUAACUGUAAGAUACCGUCGUAAAUUACUCAGGCCUAUACUCUCCAUUAUCGGAACCCUCCACUGUGCAGCCACGCAGUGUGGUCUAGUUAAAGGAGCCGAUGCGUCCCCCUCUCCCCAGGUAGUUGGUCAGCUGUGGACUCUGUGACCCUUGUCUGAACCUGUGUUGUAAGAUCUCGGGGCUUUCUCCCCCCCCCCUUCCCCAACACUUUAUCUUCUAUAUUUCAGUCUCUGAGUCCCAUUUGAAAACCUGCUCUUUUAGAACAGGAUGCGGCUCAGAUCCUGCUGUGGCACGGGGCCUCGCGUCUCUGUCGCGUCCGCUGUGAAGCACACGAUGCUCUAUUUAUUGUAGAAAGUGACUUUAUUUGCCUUCUAGAAUUGUUUAUAACAGAUGGUUAUAAGAGAGGUAAUAAACAGAAAAAUCUAUGCCUGUAAAGAAUACGAGAGUUAAUUUUACCUACUAUAAUAUGAUGUCUUAUUUUCUCUCUGAGAAAUAAAUGUUCUAAUAGGCAA